AUGUCAGAUGACAUUAAUACGUUGACCAUUCCUACAUGUGCUACAUGGAAUCAGGCAGGAAUAACGGUGGCUGGCAACCAAAACACGACGGCUGGUUCCGAUUUGGCGCCCCUUAACUAUCCAAUAGACAUCUUCGUCGACGAUAAUUACACUUUAUACAUCAGCGAUGCAGACAACAGUCGAAUAGUCAUGUACUAUGAGAAUGCUGCUAGUGGUAUUCUCGUUGCUGGUACAAGCGUCGGGAACGGUUCAACUCAACUUAGCAAACCGAAAGGCGUUGCCGUCGAUACGACGGGUGCUGUGUUUGUUGGUGAUACUGCAAAUUACCGAAUUCAAAAAUUUCCUUAUGGCUCCUUGGAAAAUACAUGUUUUUCAAUAUAA